UACAGGAGAUGACCAGAGACUGCGGACACAGUACAGGAGAUGACCAGGAGACCAGAGACUGCGGACACAGUACAGGAGAUGACCAGAGACUGCGGACACAGUACAGGAGAUGACCAGAGACUGCGGACACAGUACAGGAGAUGACCAGAGACUGCGGACACAGUACAGGAGAUGACCAGGACUGCGGACACAGUACAGGAGAUGACCAGAGACUGCGGACACAGGACAGGAGAGGACCAGAGACUGCGGACACGGUACAGGAGAGGACCAGAGACUGCAGAGGUACAGGAGAUGCCAGAGAUUGCGGACACGGUACAGGAGAUGACCAGAGACUGCGGACACGGUACAGGGGAUGACCAGAGAUUGCGGACACGGAGAUGACCAGAGACUGCGGACACGGUAGUACAGAGAGGCGACCAGAGA